CUGGAAAAAAAUGACGCCCCCAAACAGGGCACUAUUUAUCCGUUUUCUCCAAUCUCACUGCUGCUCUUGCUCUACGCAGACUUGGACCAUAAAAUCACCAGUAAUUCUCAUCACGGCAUCUUUACCCAAAUGAUCGCCUCAUAAACCAAUCUCGAAAACCCACCACUCAGAAAUCGUGGAGAAUUCGGGCCUUUAUGGCGUCAGUAGCGCCGCUGGUCCCUGUUCUUUGCUCUACGAAAGCCACUCCAAGAACCAGGAAGAAUCACUUCAGUGGAAGCAGUAAAAGUUUCGGCCCCAAGAAGAAUCAAAAGCUGAGUAAAAGCGGUGGUGGGUUGGGGAAUAUUGUGGAAGUGGUGCAGAAGGACGUCGAGUUUCUGAAAGCGGGUUUCGGCAAAGGAUUGCAAUGGGCUAACAAAGCGUUUCGGAUUCCGGAGGUGUCCAAGUCGGUGGAGGAUUUGGUAUGGCUGCGGAAUGUGGAGGAUCCGCAGGCGAAGUUCUCUCGGUUCCCGUCUUGGCCUCAACCUUACUAUCCAGAACUUUCUGGUACUGAUUUGUUUCUGGCUGAUCUUAAGGCCUUGGAGGUGUAUGUUGGUUACUAUUACUAUCUUGCUAAGAUGUGGACAAAGCCUCUUCCUGAAUUCUAUGAUGCACAGGAAGUUACUGACUAUUUCACCUUGAGGCCUCAUGUAGUGGCCCUCCGACUCCUUGAGGUCUUUAUGGCGUUUGUUUCUGCUACAAUCAAAUUCAGGAUCUCUAGAAUCAGUUCGGCUGCUGAGGAGGAUGGUCAUAAAAAUGUUUCUGAUUACAAUUUCGGGAUAGUGUUAAAAGAUACAAUGCUGAACUUGGGCCCCACUUUUAUAAAAGUUGGUCAAUCCCUAUCUACAAGACCAGAUAUAAUUGGUUAUGAAAUUUCGAAGGCUUUGUCAGAGCUUCAUGAUCAAAUCCCUCCUUUCCCACGAGAUGAAGCGAUGAAGAUCAUUGAGGAAGAGUUAGGUGCUCCCGUGAAGACAUUUUUUAGCAAUGUCUCUGAGGAGCCUGUAGCUGCAGCUUCUUUUGGGCAGGUUUACAAGGCAAGCACUCAUGAUGGCAUUGAUGUUGCUGUGAAAGUUCAGCGUCCUAACUUACGCCAUGUUGUUGUUCGAGAUAUUUAUAUUCUUCGUAUAGGGCUAGGGCUUUUGCAAAAGAUAGCAAAAAGACAAAAUGAUCUUCGUGUGUAUGCUGAUGAACUUGGAAAAGGCUUGAUUGGGGAGUUAGAUUACAACUUGGAGGCAGCAAAUGCUUUAGAAUUCAAGGAAGUUCAUUCUCGCUUUCAAUUUAUUUGCUUGCCAAAGGUCUUUCCACAUUUGAGCAAGAAGAGAGUUUUAACUAUGGAAUGGUUGGUUGGUGAUAGUCCAAGUGAGUUAAUAUCUGCAUCUUCGACGGAAUCUAAGAGAAAGCUUCUUGAUCUGGUCAACAAAGGAGUGGAGGCAUCACUGGUUCAACUUCUUGAAACUGGCCUGAUGCAUGCUGAUCCCCAUCCUGGGAAUUUGCGUUACAUAUCAUCUGGGAAAAUAGGGUUUCUCGAUUUUGGCUUGCUUUGUCGGAUGGACAAGCAGCACCAGUUUGCCAUGCUUGCUUCUGUUGUUCACAUAGUAAACGGCGAUUGGGCAUCCCUUGUGCAUGAUUUGACUGAAAUGGAUGUUAUAAGACCUGGAACUAACAUAAGGCGUUUUGCCCUGGACCUGGAAUAUGCCAUGGGAGAGUUUGAAGUUGACAGUGGAAUGGUAGAUGUCAAGUUUAGUCGGGUACUUGGUAAAAUAUGGUCCGUAGCACUAAAGUACCAUUGCCGCAUGCCGCCGUACUAUAUACUUGUCUUGCGGUCUCUGGCAUCUUUGGAAGGAUUGGCAGUAGCUGCAGAUCCAACAUUCAAAACAUUUGAAGCUGCAUAUCCUUAUGUUGUUCAGAAGCUUCUGGUUGACAAUUCGGCUGCAGCGAGGCGAAUUUUACAUUCGGUUGUAUUCAACAGAAGGAGAGAAUUUCAAUGGCAAAAGAUUGCUGUUUUCUUAAGACUUGGAGCGACUAGGAAAGGGCUGCAUGCGUUGGUUCCAUCAAAUACUCGAACUUCUCUUACUCAAACUGCAAAUGGAAUUGCCCCUGAGGUGAAUCUUGCAAACCUGGCUUUGAGACUUCUACCAUCUAAGAAUGGUCUUGUCUUGAGAAGACUUUUGAUGACUGCAGACGGAGCUUCAUUAAUACAGGCACUAGUUUCAAAAGAGGGAAGUCCUUUCCGCCAUCAACUCUGCAAGGCCGUUGCUGAUAUACUGUACCAGUGGAUGUGCAAAGCUUUAACGCCAGUUCUCAACAUCACCAAGUUUAGUUCCCCCAUCUUGAUAUCGACUGGGGCAGAGAACCCACAAAUUUCUUCUACCAACAUCGAGUACGAGUCUAUCCUCAGGGAUCGUCGACUUAGAGUUAUCUUCUUCAAGUCUUUGAACUCCGCUAAAAAAGAUCCCAUUUUACUGUUGAGAUUCUGCUGGGCUUCAUUCAUUCUGGUCUUUGUGGCCUCAGCUAUGGCUUCUCACCGUUUGUUAGUUUCCAUUGCUGGAGCAUAUUUGGGUCGUUUAUCUUAUAAUUCGAAGCAAAUUGCUGUGACGGCCUAAGCGUAACAAUGUGGAAGGACAAGAAGCUGCUGAAGAUGACUGGGUAGGAAAGUUAUUCAGAUUUGAGGAAAACAUGUCUGGAAAAAACUGCUAAAUGUUUCACUACUGUGACUUACAUGUAUCAGUACAAAUUUUUCUUACACAGGAGUUAGAGAGAAACAGUAGCAUCAUAGAUGUCAUACAUUUGUAACACUGUACAUAUGUAUAUGAAUGGUAUACCUUCUUUAAUGCUAAAUUUAAGUUAUCAUUUUUUUUUU